AUGAUUCAACUUAAGACGAUAUUAAAUGUUAUAGACAAUUCUGGUGCUAUUCUUGCAGAAUGUAUUCGUGUGGCUCAUGGUGGACGGUAUGGUCGUAUAGAAAAAUCUUCAGGCGGAUCAGCAGCGAAUCCAGCCACAAAGCUUUUAAUUCGUAAGGGUGAAGUUAAAAAAGCACUUGUUGUACGCACCCGUAAAGAAACAAGAAGACCUGAUGGAAGAUACAUUAAAUUUGAUGAUAAUGCUUGCAUACUUUUGAAUAAUCGUCUAGAACCUUUGGCUACUAGAGUACUUGGUGUUGUAGGAAAUGAGUUAAGGGGUAAGAAGUGGGGGAAAGUUGUUAGUUUAGCUCCUAGAAUUACUGCUUUUUGUGAUAUGGCACCUACUAGUAAUUUAAAAGUUUGA